AGAGUUAAUGCUAUAUAAAAAUAAUCAAUUUUAUAAAAAAGGUUCACAUCACAAAAAAGGAGUAUUAGAACGAACUAAAUUAGAACUUUAUAUUAAUGCUAUUAAAGAAUCAUUAGAUCAGCCAUGGGCUAGUAGUAUUACUUGGAGACCUUUUAUAAUGCAAGUUCAUCAGUUUAUUAGUACUAUUCAAAAAUACAUUGAAUAUCUUGAAAAUGUUAAUCAAAGUAUUACAAUAACUAGAAAUGCAAUGAAUCUUGCCCGUAAUCCAAUAGAUAAUAGUACUGUUGAAUUAAAACUUGAAUGUUAUUUUAAUGAAGUUAAAGAACAAUAUUAUGAAUUAGCAACUAUAGUAAAAAAUUUGAAUGAUUAUGAAGUUAUUUCGAUUGAUGAAUAUUUACCAUUAAAUU